AUGCCAAUUCAUUUACAAUGUAUAAGCGAGUUGACAAGAAAGUACGUCCAGUCCCAGGAAGCCCAGAUAGUGAGACAGUUUCCAAACGACCCUUUAGAAAAUCUUGUACCCCUAUCUCUUAAUCCUCCAGACAUAUUUCCUACCAAGAAGCUUACUGUGGAACAACUUGAAGCUUUGAAUAUUAAUUCUAAAGGAUUCUUACAUCCUGAAGAAGAGAAGUUGUUUCGAUACAUUAUGUGGCUGCACCAGGAUGCAUUGGCUUUUGAAGACACAGAUAGAGGUACUCUGAAAGAAUCCUACUUUUCUUCCUAUAUUAUUCCUACUGUUCCUCAUAUUCCAUGGGAAUACAAGAUUAUCCCAAUUCCACCAGGAAUUCAAAGUAAGGUUAUAGAUGUACUAAAGCUGAAAAUUGAUGCAGGAGUAUAUGAAGCUAGUCAAUCUGCAUAUAGAUCAUGA